GGUGAACUGAGGUCACGCUGACAGCGGAAGUGACGCAGCACGCUUCGACCUUGGAGUUACGUGCAUGUCAUGGCGAACAAGGAGCCCAGCCGUCUUUUCCAGCACUUACGGGACGUGGCCGGCCGUAUGUCCUCGUCUGGGGGCCGUGGGGCCGGGCUGGGGAUAAAGCUUUUGCUGGGAGCUGGGGCCCUGGCAUACGGGGUCAAAGAGGCCACAUACACAGUGGAGGGAGGACACAGAGCCAUCAUCUUUAAUCGAGUGGGCGGCAUGCAGUUGGACACUGUGCUGGCCGAGGGGCUGCACUUUAGGAUACCUUGGUUCCAGUACCCCAUCAUCUACGACAUCAGGGCCAAACCCAGAAAGAUCUCAUCCCUGACUGGCAGCAAAGAUCUGCAGAUGGUGAACAUUGCUGUGCGUGUGCUGUCCCGGCCCAUGGCGUCCAACCUGCCCCUCAUGUACCAGCAGCUGGGCAAAGACUAUGAUGAGAGAGUCCUGCCCUCCAUUGUCAACGAGGUGCUCAAAUCUGUGGUGGCCAAGUUCAACGCCUCGCAGCUAAUCACGCAGCGAGCUCAGGUGUCUCUGCUGGUGCGCAGGGAGCUGGUAGAGAGGGCCAAAGACUUCAACAUCAUUCUGGACGAUGUCUCCAUCACUGAGCUGAGCUUCAGCAGCCAGUACACUGCAGCUGUGGAGGCCAAGCAAGUUGCCCAACAGGAGGCACAGAGAGCACAGUUCUACGUGGAGAAAGCUAAGCAGGAUCAGAGACAGAAGAUCAUCCAGGCAGAAGGAGAGGCUGAGGCAGCCAAAAUGUUGGGUCAAGCUGUCACUAAAAACCCUGGCUAUCUUAAACUGCGAAGGAUCCGGGCAGCGCAAAACAUUGCCAAAACGAUGGCAACAUCACAGAACAAGGUUUACCUAAACGCCGACAGUUUGGUGCUGAACCUGCAGGACUCGGCCACUUUUGAGGAUAUGGCAUUAGCCCCGAAGAAGUGACCACCAGAAGAAUAUGUGCAGUCUGUCUGAUUUUCUACAUUCAAAUAAUGUUCAAAUGUCGUAUGUGUUGUAACUAUAUUAAAGGAAAAAUAUUAAUCA